AUGGCAGAAAGAGGACAUGCCUUAAAAUAGGACAUUAGCAAAUUAGCAUGGGAAGAAACCGAUUUUCCAAUAGUCUGCCAUGUUUGUCUAGGUGAGAACCCAUAUAUUCGAAUGGUAAUUUUAAAUCUUAUUAUCGAAUAAAGCUUAAAGAUAGAUUUGGAAGAGAGUGCAGAAUCUGUGCAAGACCAUUCACUACUUUUAAAUGGAAACCCGGACAUAAUUCAAGAUAGAAAUAGACUGAAAUUUGUUAGACAUGUGGAAAAAUAAAAAAUAUUUGUUAGGCUUGUUUCAAAGAUUUAGAUUUAAAUAUGGGGUUAUGCACAAGAGACAAAUUUUUAGGUGAUGAAAAGAUUGAAAUACCUGAACACACAGCAAAUAGAGAUUACUGGGCUGAAUAAGCUAAUAGACAAAUUGAGAGAUUAAUUUUACCAUAUGAUAAACCUUUGCCGAUGUUAGACUAAAUCUUGAAAGAACCAAGAUUAGCAGAAGUCAAUUAGCAAUUGAAUGAUGGAAAACUAGAACCAGCCAAUCAAGUUGUUUGUGAACCUUUGCAAAAUCCCAUAGAUGCCGAUUUACUUUACAAGGAGAAGUUCGAACCAAAAGGACUUAUUGCCCCGGAUGACCCUAAAAUUUGCAGUCUCUAUAUUUCGCAUAUGAGUGCAGAUAUCAAAGAAUCAGAUCUAAAGUAAUUUGGAAUUAUAAUUAAUAGACACUUAUUUUCAAAGUAUGGAAAACUAAAUUCAAUUAAAAUUAUGGAACACGGACAAAGUUGCUUUAUACAAUUUGCUAAAAGAAAAGAUGCUGAAAAUGCAGUUAAUAGUCUUUAUAACAAUAUUAUUAUAAAAGAUGUUAUAUGCAAAAUACAAUGGGCUAGAGCCCCUUAUAAAAAAAUGCCUAUUCAAAGUAUUAGUUAUUUUUCUUACUUGUUAGAUCUCAUUUAACAGUUGUAACCUGACACUAAUAAAAAUGCUAGUGCACCUCAAAUGCCUCCUAAAAAUAUUGAAAAUAAACAACAAUCUGAAGAUAAGUAUUAAUACUCCUCUUCAAUUAGUAUCUUGAUUGGUUUACUGGAAUCCAAAAUGAGCUAUCCUAAUUAAAAUCCAUACUAGAAAGGAGGAGUAAAUAUUAAAGAUUUAUGAUUAUUAUAUAUGAACAUGUAAUUUGAGUAACAAAGAGUGGCUUCUGUCGUAAAACGGAAUUUACAAAAGUUUAAAAUACUAGUAGGAAAUAAAGAAAAGAAAUUUAAUGAUCUCUUAAUUCCAUUCACAAAACUUGAUACCUUUAUAAAUGCUAAAUCUAUACUCAAAUAAAUAGUAAAGCCAUCUAAUAAAAUAUUGGACCCCUUAAACACUUGCGAAAUUCAAAGGCAAUAAUAACACAAAAGCACAUUUGUUAAUGGAGAUGGUAACUCUGAUAACUUUUAUGAUGAUGUUGACUCAUUGAUCAAUCACUUAGAAAAAGAAUAAUCAGAAAUGAUAACAGUUGGAACAAAGAAAAUUAGCAAGAGUGAAAUACUCGAAUUCAAAUCAAAACAUCCAAAUUAUUCAUUAGUUAGUAAACAAUUUGCUGAGAAAUCCAAAAGAAUGAUUGCAAAUUUAAACAGGUAAUCCACGAGAAUAUUUAAUAAGAAAUAUUCAAUGAUCCAUCUCUCUCCUAGAUAAUCAUCUAGUCAUCACAAUAUUGCAUUAAAUUCUGAAAGAGAUUCCUCACAUUCCAAAUAUACUCAUUCUAAACACCCUUAAGGGUUAGAACUACGACCUUAAAAGUCUCAAUUUAAAAUAAAAACUGAACCCAAAACUCAAAGAAACUAUAACUAAUAAAUUCAAUAACUAAUUAAUAAUAUAGAAGGAGUGCAUAAAUAGAUGACAGACGAAACCGGCUUAUUAUAAAAAAAGACCAGUAGGUUUAUUUUAAACUAAUCUAAAAGUAAUUCAAAAAUUUCUUAAUUCGAUUAUCUUGCUUCUGAUGCAAAUUUUGCAUUUACAAAAAUAAAGAGAAGAAAGCCUUGA